AAAGGAAAUUAAGGGCGCAGGAGAACGUGGGCUGUGACCCGAGCGUUCACGGUGACCCGCUGUGAGGAAAAGCAGCGUCCCUUGGCGAUUCGACGCGGGCCCGGCCGCCCGGGACAGUCUGAGGGGAGAGUCAGUUGGAAAUUGUAGCUUGGGAGUCAUCCCUGUGAUUCCAGCCAUGGGUUCCUCAGCAUCUACUCCCACUGCUGCAGUAAACCCCUCAAAUGCUUCAGAUCUUCAGCAAUCUUCACCGCCUUCACAAUGCCCGAUGCAUGAAGGGAAAAAGAAAGGCUGUCCAGCAAGUGCAAUGGCAUCUGAUCCAACCACUGAGAGCAAAGGAUACUCUGUGCCUGCCCACCAAGAUCGGGCCUAUGAGUACGUGGAAUGCCCUGUUACUGGUGCUACAGCUAAGAAUAAGGAGAACCUUGAUCCUUCAAACCUGAUGCCACCACCUAAUCAGACCCCAUCUCCAGAUCAACCAUUUGCUUUGUCUACCUCAAGAGAAGAGUCAUCUAUUCCAAGAGCAGACUCUGAGAAAAAGUGGGUUUACCCUUCUGAACAGAUGUUCUGGAAUGCCAUGCUACGGAAAGGGUGGAAGUGGAAGGAUGAUGAUAUUAGUCAGAAAGAUAUGUAUAAUAUCAUUAGAAUCCACAAUCAAAAUAAUGAGCAAGCUUGGAAGGAGAUUUUGAAGUGGGAAGCCCUUCAUGCUCAUGAGUGUCCUUGUGGCCCAUCAUUGGUCCGAUUUGGAGGCAAAGCCAAAGAAUAUUCACCAAGGGCAAGAAUUCGUUCCUGGAUGGGGUAUGAGUUGCCUUUCGACAGACAUGACUGGAUCAUCAACCGUUGUGGCACAGAAGUUAGGUAUGUGAUUGAUUACUAUGAUGGCGGCGAGGUCAACAAGGACUACCAGUUCACUGUCCUGGACGUGCGUCCUGCCUUCGAUUCAUUCUCAGCAGUAUGGGACAGAAUGAAGGUUGCUUGGUGGCGCUGGACUUCGUAACCACUGUUUUGUUUGUUAGGAAAAACUGAAACUAUUUUUUUUUUUCUGAGAAGGAUGUUAAACUUUUCCCCAAACUAAAUGCACUCAUAGUGUCACCAUGGGACUUUCCAAGUGUGUAAUCAAACUUGAUCUUUCAUGCAAAGAUGACAUGCUCCAUUAAAUUUUGAGUCACAUUUUCCAUUACAGUUGAUAGGUCAUUUAAUUUUUUUCCCAUUUGGUGUAAGUGGGAAGUAAUCCCUUAGUUUUCCCAUUAAUUGCAGUAUUUUGUGUUAUUUUCUAUUAAACAGUCUGUAAAAGGAGCUUUUAAAAGAGCAUAGAAAACUUCUCCUUACUGUUUUCUUGGGAGUAUUUGAAAGUGUGAUGCAUUUACCUGCCAAAUAUUUUAACUAUAUUCAUUAUAAAAAGAAGCACUUAACUCUUGUUUUAAAAGUAAGCAAUAUUCUUAAAUCCCUACAGUCUAAGUAGCAACCCUGAACAAAAUGCAAAUAUAUAUAUUGAAUGUACUCGGCAAGACUAAUAAUACAUGUCCAGGUGUACUUUUCAGACUUGACCUUGAUAGAAGGUUCAACUCGUUUAUAUGCAAAUUUCAAAAUACUUUGCUUCUCAUUCCUGUUCUAAUAUGUGACUAUUAAUGAAAAGCUGGUCUCACUGUCCUGGAAAAUUGACAGAUUAUUUUAAGUUAUCACAUCCCAGGAGUGAUCUUCCUACCAGGAGUUUUUCCACAGUAGCCUAAUGUAAACGUUGAAAGCCUGGCUCCAGUUAGAGGGCCAGCAGUAUCCCUUUGAAAAAUAACUUUAUAUUGGCUAAUUGUUAGAAUUCACAAGAUGUGUUUUUUUCCUCAGAUGUGGAAUGUUUGCAUCAAUUCACCAUCCAUUUUACGUUUAUUUUAAACAAGCACUAAGUUUGUUGCUAAAACUGGUUGUUUUAAUUUUAAUUAUAGUAGCAUGUUAGAAAUAACUUUUUUCUUAAGUGUUGAUACAGGGAAAAUCUUUAAUUUAUCCUAAAUACUGUAUUGUUAAGUUAGUGGAUGGAGUUGGUGUCUUUGAGUUACUAAUUUGAUGUAGAUUUCUUUGUUGUAUGAUGCUUCAAAAUUCCAACAUUUAAAAAAUUUGUAUUUUUAAAAUAAAGCUGACAGUAAAA